AAAAGGGAGAAUUUGGUCGAAAAUUUCCAGAAUGGCUUCCCAGCUGCAGCUCGAAGAAAUGGAGGGGGCGUUCUUGAAGGCCUCUACAAAGUUGUUAUGCGCCGCACUCCUGUUUACGUCACCUUCGUCAUCGUCGGAGCUUUCGUCGGUGAACGGGUGGUGGACUAUGGGGUUCAUAAGCUCUGGGAGCAUAAUAACAUUGGGAAGCGUUACGAAGAUAUUCCAGUUUUGGGUCAGAGGCAGAGUGAAUGAAUCAGCUUUUGUACUUGAUAGUUUUGGUCGUCCAUCAUCAUUUCAGGUCAAAAUCAGACUUCUUGCAAUGAUCCAUUAAUAAUUAGUUCCUUAAUUGGACUAUGCAGAUUGGAGACUUGAGGUUUCUUUGAACUGUUAGAAUACCUUUUAUCUGUCAAGAUAUAUUUUUCCCUUGUGUGGAAGUUCAUCUGAUAACCCGAUGUGCUUUUGAACAUUGAUUUUCACGAGAAGUAGAAGUUUAUUUGAUUA